AUGAAUAAAUUUAGUAAUAUCUAUCAUUAGUUCUAGUUUAUAUAGACUUAAUAACAAUAAUAACUAUUUUUAAUUAAUGAAUCUAUUUUAAUUAUAUAUCUAUAACUUUUUUCUUAUAUAGUAUAAACAUAUGAAAUACCUACUUUAUAAAGUAAAGGCUUAAAGGAUAAAUAAGAGUAUAAUAAAUAAAUAAAAAUAUAACAAAAUAUUUAUAAAAACCAAGAUAAAAACAAAUAUAAACAAAAAAUGAAAUUCCUCUCAUUUACUUUCCUUGCUCUUAUUGCUUUUUGUGCAGUCUAAGCUCAAAACUAGGAAGAAAUUGAUUUUCUUAAUUGUUUGGAUAGAAAAUAAUAAUAUUUAUAAGUACCAUGUAAACAGGAUAAUAGUUUAGAUUGUCUAAAUGAAUAAUAAAGAAUGAAAACCUGCACUUUAGGAUGUUCAAAUUCUCAAGUAUUUUCUGCCCAAUAGACCAAAAAUUGUUUACAAAAAUGCAGUUCUACAAACGCAGAAAUUUAAAACAAUCUUUAAGUAGUUAUAAAUUGCCUUAGCUCAACAUUCUUAUAAUUUGCUUUUGUAUUUGCAUUUUCUUUAAUGUCUAUGAUAUUUUGA